AUGCAAACGGAGCUCGCAGCAGCUACUCCAACGCAACGUAACUGGCGGGGCAUCUUGAUUGCUUUGCUGGUGAUUGCAGCAGUUCUAGGCCUGAUUGUGUUCAGCAUAGCGCUCCUCACACCGGCCGGAGAUGGUGGCAGAGUCCGUGGUAGAAGACCCACGUUACAUGAUGUGCUCACCGAACAUUACAAGCCAUUUAAUGGCACUUGGCUUACAGCGCUUCUAACGAACCAAAAAAUGUAUGAGAAUUCUUUCAAGAGUAACGAGUGCCUUUUAUACAUUGCUGGCGAUUAA